AUUGUGCGAAACACUCCAAAAAUGAUCCUCCUUUUUCAUAUAUAUUAUCCAAACGUCCAUUUCUCAUGUUGUUGAUAUAAAUAAUAUAUGUUCACCUUCACCGAUAACAAUAUCUACAUCUCAACAACUGAUUUCAAACUCGAUCACUUCUCAAAAGAUGGAAGACGAGCGAAUUUUACGUGGUGACCGGCCUGUGGUGCCACUGGAAGGGAGGAAUUCAGGGUUUGUUACAAAGGGUUGUUGUAGUCAAACUGGUGGUUUGACUACUGAUAGUAAGGUGGUUGAAGAAUGUAAUGUGUCUAGUGAGGAAGAACCGUUGAUUCAGUCGAUCGAAUGCCGGAUAUGCCAGGAAGAAGAUAGUGUAAAGAACCUUGAAGUUCCUUGUGCUUGCAGUGGCAGUCUUAAGUUUGCACAUAGGAAAUGUGUUCAGCGAUGGUGCGAUGAGAAAAGAGAUAUAAUUUGUGAAAUCUGUCAUCAGCCUUACAAACCUGGCUACACUGCUCCCCCACCUCAACCUGAUGACACCAUCAUUAACAUCAGUGGAAACUGGACACUUUCUGGUACUCCUUUAGAUCUGAAUGAUCCUCGAGUCUUGGCUUUGGCAGCUGCUGAACAACGUUUUAUCGAGUCGGACUAUGAUGAAUAUGAAGACAACGGUGCUAGUGGUGCUUCCCUUUGCCGUUCAGUUGCCAUCAUAUUGAUGGCUCUUCUGUUAUUGAGGCAUGCUCUGACUAUUGGAGAUGGUGAUAGUGACGAUGAUGAUCCUUCCGUAUUUUUUGCUAUUUUCCUGCUUCGGGCAGCUGGUUUUCUCCUUCCUUGCUACAUAAUGAUUUGGGCAAUCAGUAUAUUGCAACGUCGAAGGCAAGCACAGGAGGUUGAAACAUUGGCGGCGGCAGACGUUGCAUUCAUGAUCCAGGCAGGCCAACAUAGAGGCUUGCAGGUCACAAUUGCACCAGGAACCGUCGUGGCCCCAUCACCUGCAGUCACACCACCAGUAAUCGCAGUCCAUGACCCACUUCAUUAAUAUGUACACAAAGCAUAACUUUUAUAUUUCUGUUCUUGAAAUUAUAUUGAUCAACAUGAAAUUUGCGUUGUGUGUUCAGGGUGCCAUUGUGUCUUAAAGGCUUUCUACCAUUGAGUUCUUUUCUUGUAUUAAGUUUGAAUAUACUUAUAUAUAUAAAAUUUAAUGUUGUACCAA